GGGGGAAAGGAGGGGGUGCGGAGGAUGAGCGCCUGACGGUGAGUUAACGGCGUCUGCGAGCUGGUCUUCGCGGGGCCCCGCGGCGGCGGGCGCGGCCGAGGAAGGAUGGUGCAGUCGUGUUCCGCCUACCGCUGCCGGAACCGAUACGACAAAGAGAAGCCCAUCUCCUUCCACAAGUUUCCUCUUACAAGACCUGAUCUUUGCAAGAAAUGGGAAGCAGCUGUUAAAAGAAAAAACUUCAAGCCGACCAAGUAUAGCAGCAUUUGUUCAGAACACUUUACUCCUGAUUGCUUUAAAAGAGAAUGCAACAACAAGCUGCUGAAAGAAAAUGCUGUGCCCACAAUAUUUUGUUAUACUGAACCCAAUGAAAAGCCUGAAGAAUUUGCAGAACAACCAGAAGAUCCACUACCACCUCCUCCGCCACCACCACCACCACCGCCGCCGCCACCACCACCACCAGCAGCUCCUGUACUACCACCAUCUCCAUCAACUCCUUCCUUUCAUUUAUCUCAAAUAGAUGCAAGAUUUGUAGAUCCAAGUAUUGGAUUAUUGAUGCCUCCUCUCCAGACCCCUAGCAAUCUUGCUGUUUUUUGUGAUCACAACUAUACUGUAGAGGAUACAGUUCAUCAGCGAAAAAGAAUUCAGCAGCUUGAGGAGCAAGUUGAAAAACUGCGGAAGAAGCUCAAGACAGCGCAACAGCGAUGCCGGCGUCAGGAAAGACAAAUUGAAAAACUGCGAGAGAUUGUUCAGUUCCAGAAAGAAAAAGACAUAUUGGCAGGCAAAGGCUAUGUUAUUCUACCCAAUGACUAUUUUGAAGUUGUGGAAGUACCUGCCUAAAAGUCAUGAACAUCUGCCUUCACUUUGCUAGGCCAAGAAGUUUAGUUUAGAAACUAAAUGCUCUCUAAUUCUGUGUGUAAGACUCUUGAGAAUUCUAAAUCAAUAAAGAUGAUGUCAUACAAAUGAGAUCACAUUUUGUUUUUCUUCAUUGUCAUUUAAGUUUGAAACUUUUUUAAUAUAUUGAAAAUGCGAGCCUCUCAGAAUUAGAAUGCAUUUAGUUUAUAAAAUCUGGUUGCUUUACAGAAGAAAAGAAUGCAGGGUUAAAUAACAUUUUAAAUGUGUAGAAACGUUUUGCAAUGACUAUCUUAUGCUUACAGGGGGACAGGGAAUUGAAUCUGGCUGAGAAUGAGUGAAGUUCAUGUUGUGGUACACUUAAGCUUUGUCAAGGCAGUUAGCACUGGCUCCGUUGAUCCCCAAGAAAUAAUUUUCAGUGAUUGCAAAAGAAGCAGAAUUAGGCCAGUUAAUAACAUACGAAAGUGCUACCUUCUACAGAGAAUAACAAGACACGUAGUCUUGGAAAAACUUCCAACCUCAGUUUGUUAUGCCUUGAAAGCUCUACAUAAACUCUAAUUCCUGGAUUGCUUUGCUGAGAUAUGUAAAUGAGCCUAUUGCUUUGGAGUAAUCUUUAUCAGUGUGUGUGUUGUGAGGGAGAAGGGGGGAAUUUGUUAACAUAGUCAACUGGAGCUAUAAAAGGGGCUUUGCUGGGAAGGCCAUGCUGAAGCAUGUUGCUGCAUUGAAGAUGUAUAUUAUCUGAUCAGGAUCAGGAAAUGGGUAUGUUGCUUAGUGUGGCUGCUUUUCAAAAAAUACUGCAGUAAUUCACAGUCCCCAAUAUGCUGGAGGAUGCCACGCUAGACCUUUUUAUGAAUAUGGUUAGCCCCUGGUUAAUUUGUUCCCAUAAGCACUACAAUGGGUUGCAUGUUGUCCUCAUCCUUAAAAUUGUUGGUCUUAACUCGCAUCCCAAACAUGUGCAUAGCGUCAGGAAGUUAAGGAUUUUUUUUUUCCUUCCCCAGGGUGCUGAGCAUUUGCAACUUUCACUGUUGUAUACUGUGAUUUUGUUUUGCUUUUUUUUUUGUUUUUGUUUUUGCAAAAGGCAUCCACCAAAGGGCAGAUACGAGAUUAGCCUUUGGGAGUUGCUUGGAGCUAGACUGGUUUUUAAUGUCUCAAAUGCUGCUGCCUCUCCUCCAGAUUUAUUAAGAUUCUUCUCUGAAAAUAAAUCCAGCAUUACAAAGUAGUGCAACAGCUUGUGCUUACUAUCUAUUGAAUCUGGAAAACAACUUUGUUUUGUUGAGGAACUAAUUCGAAAUCAGUGAGAAUGGCACUGUAUCGACCCUAUUGUAGCCUUCACAGCUGAAAUUUGGAGACCUGUUAGACCUGAGAAAAAUGACUUUUCUCAAUCCAUACUGAACUUGUGUAUAGUGUGAAUUCUCUCUCUGAUACUAAUCAAGCCCUAUUCAUGACGGCUUUAAAAGGCUCUUCCAAUCUGUUUAGCAUGACAUUUGGAAAUGUUUAGAACCAGUCUUGAUACUCCUGACCUUACUCCUUCUAUGUGUCUAGCUUCACUACCAUUUCAUAUGCUUAAAAUGAACAAAAAUACUGUUCAAGCUUUUUCUGUACAUUUACUACUCCUGGUUAAAAAUAAAAAGCAAAUGAUGUGUUAGAUUUUUAACUACUCUCUCUCCUCUUUCCCCAGGACAUUGCCAAAGCUGGUUUGACACUUUAUAUCUUUUUAUAACAAAGUUUUGUGGUUCAUAUGCUUGGUUUUCUUUGUUUCUUUGUUUUUUUGUUUUUGUUUUUGUUUUUUUUUUGCUUUGCUUCUGGAAAUACAAAGCAUAAAGAUGUGCA